AUGGAUGAGACGGGGAGAGCCUUGUCCGGUUCGAAGCAAGAGAUCAACGAGGGCAGUAUCCCGUCGCCCAAGGUCGCGCCUGUCGAGCAUCGACUGGUCUUAUUGACGUUCUACUGGACUGUGCAAAGAGCUCCUCGGCAGAGAGCUAGCUGGUUGGUAUCAGUGGUAAAGAGAUGGCUGCUCAGCAGUAGUGAGCGAGAGCUAGCGUACAGGUCUGCAAAGUAG